GAAAAACAGUAUGGAGCUUUAUUCUCCUAAAACAUUGCGUUUGUAGCUACUGAGUAAUUUUCGAACAAAACUAGCUAUGCAAACUUUACUCUUGCCGGCGGUUCGCCCCGGCAUCGGAAGUGCGCCAUCAGUUCAUCCAGCGGCCGGAAAACCAUGGCGGAGCAGUUUCCUCCGAUGCCCAAAUACCCUAAUUCCGUCCACCUCAUCGUUACCUUUUUCCCCUUUGAAAACAGAUCCUCUUAGUUCGCCUCUAUUCAGACUCAUCAGCAAAAAGAACAGAAUCUUGGCUUCUGCUCCUGUUUCUUCACCCUUCACUUCCCCAAAUGAAGAGUCCGAAAAAGCUAAGUUAGCUCAGGUUGCCAAAAGACUACUGAAUACUGCAAGUUACUUCAAGAGAUUGGGUACUCUAGGAUUUUGGGGACAGCUUGUAUGUACGCUUGUUGCUGCGGUGAUCCUCUCGUUUUCCAUAGCAAUUACGGGGAGAAUUACGUCGCCCUUCACAUUCUACUCAACUGCGGGCGGAAUUGCAGCUGCUUUCAUUUCAGUUUUUUGGUCAUUUGGCUAUCUUCGUUUGUCUGAAAAGCUUCGGAAGACAGCUAAUGACCCUUCAAAGGCUCCUCCUCGUGCUGAUGUUGUGAAAAGCUUGCAAAAUGGUAUUGUGGUGAACCUUCUGGGACUGGGUGCCGCUAUACUUGGCAUGCAAGCAACUGUAGGUACAUUGGUGGCUAAGGCUCUUACCACAUCAACUAAUCCUUACCAGACUUUGACUCCCGGGAGCAGCCCUGUGCUUGCUUUGGAUGUAUUUCUGGUUCAGGCAUCAGCAAAUACGAUCGUUUCACACUUUCUAGGUCUAGUAUUUUCACUGGAGCUGUUGCGGUCAGUCACCUUACCAACUACAGACAGCAUUCCGGUUCCAAGGAUUGCAUGACGUGCUUGGAAAAUCAACAUCAUAAUACUCGAGAAAGCUUCAGCCAUAUGCUUUUGAGAUCACAGCCAUGUAUUUACUGUAAUAUGAGUGACCCUCUCUCCUUGGUGACUUGAAUUAAAAUAAUUUUUGUUUCUCCAAUAUCUGAGAGGCUUCUGAUAAAAAUUUCAAUUACUGUCAUUGUAUUUGCUUUCUGGGGCAUCUUUAAGAAAGGGGGGAAUUGUUUCCCACCAGUUAAAGACUCCUCUCACAAUCCUAACGCCCUCUUUAGCUGUGUUAGUCUACUAGGAAAUAAGUAUCGACCUCUUUCUUUU